AUGGGUGAGAAGCGUUCUAUUGCUAUUGAUAGUUAUCAAGAGGAUCCAUCGGUAGUUGUGUCCAACUUCUUCAAAGGCGUUAGAGUUCCAAAGGACACAGAAUUUCAACUAUACAAGAAGCGUAAGCAAGAUCAGUUUGUUUUGCAUGGUGAAAACGAGAGAUUAGAGUAUGAUGGUGAAACCGAUGAGCUGACGACCAAGACUAACCAAUAUGUUGUUGGUCUCUACGACAAGCAAUCAGGAAAGAUAAAUUUGUAUAGAGCACCUGUGGUCACUUCCAAAAUUGUCUCUAAAUUCAGUAAGAACUUGAAGGGACCUGAAAUUAAAAGUAAAGGUGAUACCAGAUACGGGGCAAUGCGUAAUGCUCUUGGUGAAGCCUUUGGUACCAAAAAGGCCAAGAAAGCUAUUGCUGAUCUAGAGAGAAACCGUGUUGAUUCCGAUAAGCUUACUGAUGUUGCAAUCGAUAUUGUUGAUUCUGUCAAGACUGCAUCCAAGGAUCUACCCACCAGAGCGGAAUUACAAGAAAAUGUUUCAGCAAGCAACAGACCAACUCCAGUUGCAAACCUGGAUGCAACCGAUGUGGAACAAAUUUACCCAGUGGAAAAUAUUAUACCCAAAAAAGAGUUACAAUUUAUUCGUGUUGGUCCUAUACUAAAAGAAAAAGAUCAAGAGAAGAAGCUGGAAUUAUUCCCUUACACUUCAUCCAAAUAUGUUGCAAAGAAAUUGGAAACUCUAACACAAGCCUCUCAAAUGGAAAAGUUGCAAUUACUGUAUUACUUAUCUCUAUUGCUAGGUGUGUAUGAAAACAGACGUGUUAGUAAUAAGGAUAAACUACUCGAAAGAUUAAACUCACCUCCAGAGCUCUUAAUCGAUGGUAUUCUAGACAGAUUCACAAUUGCAAGAGGUGGACAUUUUGGUAAAUCUAAGAACCGUUCUUACUUCAUUGAUCCUCAAAAUGAAGAUAAGUUGCUAUGCUUUAUUCUAACCAUUGUUAUGCAUUUGGACAACUUCCUAGUAGAAAUCUCUCCAUUGGCGCAGGAGCUUGGAAUCAAACCAUCAAGGAUUGUCAACUUGUUUAGAAUAUUGGGUGCCAUAGUUAAAGGUGCCACCGUUUCUCAAGCGGAGGCCUUUGGCAUUCCAAAGAGUGCAGCAGCAACAUAUAAGAUCGCAUCAUUGAAGGUCCCCUUCAAAUUACCAGAAUUGACUAGAAGAGGUAGACGUUAA